GGCGCCGUCGUCGUCGAGGUCGAGCAGGACGACGGCCUCGUGGGCGUGGGCUGCACCGUCGGCGGCGAGGCGGUCUGCGUCGUCGUCGAGGAGCACCUCGCCAAAUUCGUCGAGGGCCAGUCCGCGAGGAACAUCGCGCACGUCUGGGACCGGUGCUGGCGCGGCCAGACGGCGCAGGGCCGCCGGGGCCUGGGGCUCCACGCCCUCUCCGCCGUCGACCUCGCGCUCUGGGACCUGCUGGGCAAGAUCACGGGCGAGCCCUGCCACGUGCUGUUAGGCGGCAUGACGACGGCGCGCGUGCCGCUCAUCGCGGCGACGGCGCGGCCGGAGCUCGCGCGGCGCCUCGGCUUCAAGGGCGCCAAGGUCGCGUUGCCCCGGGGCCCGGAGGCCGGCGACGCGGGCCUGCGGGAGAACGCGGAGGCCGUCCACGCGUGGCGCCGCUCCGUGGGCCCCGACUUCCCGCUCGUCGUCGCCGGCGGCGGCCGCUUCGACGCGGCCUACGCGGCCGCGCUCGCGAAGCGCUGCGAGGCCGACGGCGUCGCCUGGUUCGAGGACUGCGUCCCGCCCGACGAGCCCGCGGCGCGGCGCGCGCUGAGCCGCAAGCUCGAGCGCCUCGGCGCGGUCCACGGCGCGGGAAGCCGCGAGGCGACGCGCUGGGGCUUCGACGCGCUCGCGGACCAGGGCGUCGGCGUGCUCGCGCCCGACGUCUGCCGCUGCGGCGGGGCCUCGGAGUUCCUCAAGAUCGCCGCGCUCGCGCGCGCGCGCGGCGUCGCCGUCGCGCCGUCCGGCGGCGGCGUCUACGCCUACGGCCUCGCCAUGGCGCUGCCCGACGUCCACGUCGCCGAGUGCGCCCUCGGCGAGUCCGGGGCACCCGCGCCCUUCUGGGGCGACCUCCUCGCGGGCGAGCCGCCGCCCGCGGACGGCUACGUCGCGCUCCCGCGCGCGCCGGGCUGGGGCGUGGCGCUCAAC